AUGCGCAAUGUAAAGGUGUUCUGGGAUCAACUAAUCCUGACAGAUCACACCAUUCUCCACAAUAGUUCUGACAUUCUUAUAAUAGAUAAAGUUAAACCUCUGGAGGUGAAGAUACAGGACAGUAACCAACCUUUGUCUGCAGGAAGGCUCUACAACCUUCCUUGUACUUCCACUGGUUCAAGACCGCCUGCACAGCUGACCUGGUGGAAGGGAGAUCACCGCCUCGAUAAGACUAAGGAAACCGUGAGUAUACAUUAA